CCCGCAGGCCCCGCCUCCCUUGCCAGCCGCGGGCGGGCGUGGGCGCAGGAGUGGGGUCGCCGCGGAGCGGGGCGUGGCGCCUGAUCGCGGUGGAGAAGCCCCGGCGGCCAGAGAGCGCGGCCGGCUGUGGCCUCGCAGAACUUGUGGUACCACUGCUCUUCCUGGUGAGGAGGAAGAGUGUGUGCACGUGGAGAUUCUUGCGCAGUGGGAAAGGGCUGGGGUUCAGGCCCUAGCAGAGAGGAGCCACUUGUCCCAGGCCGUGGCAGGAUGGGCCCUAGAGGCAGAUGGAGGCCCUGGUGUCUGCUGGCCCCCUUCCGUGGGUCCUGCCUCUUCCUCUUCUUCUGCCUGCAUAUGGGUGCCUCCUGCCCACAAGCCUGCCAGUGCCCCGAUCAUGCUGGGGCUGUGGCUGUCCACUGCAGUGGCAGGGGCCUGCAGGAGGUCCCCAGAGACCUCCCAGCCGACACAGUGCUUCUGAAGUUGGAUGCCAACAAGAUCUCCCGCAUCCCCAACGGAGCCUUCCAGCACCUGCAGCAGCUAAAAGAGCUGGACCUGUCCCACAAUGCCAUCGAGACCAUCGGCCCCGCGGCCUUCUCUGGCCUGGCUGGGGGCCUGAGGCUGCUAGACCUGUCCCACAAUGGCAUCCGGAGGAUUCCGAAGGAUGCCCUGGGCAAGCUGAGUGCCAAGAUCCGCCUGUCUCACAACCCACUGCACUGUGAGUGUGCCCUGCAGGAGGCCCUGUGGGAGCUGAAGCUGGACCCUGACUCGGUGGACGAGAUCGCCUGCCACACCUCAGCACAGGAGGAGUUCGUGGGUAAGCCACUGAUCCAGGUGCUGGACUCCGGCGUCAGCUUCUGCAGCACCCACCACAAGACCACCGACGUGGCCAUGCUGGUCACCAUGUUUGGCUGGUUCGCCAUGGUGAUCACGUACAUUGUAUACUACGUGCGUCACAACCAGGAGGAUGCCAGGAGGCACCUUGAGUACCUCAAGUCCCUGCCCAGUGCCCCCGUCUCCAAGGACCCCGUUGGCUCUGCCCCCUAGUGCCCACCCCAGGCAGGCCUGCCCUCUCUGGCGUUAGUAGCAGGUGGAGACCACAUGUGCUUCUAGUGUCCUCGGUGAGGCAGGUGUCCCAGUGCUGUCCUAUAGUGCAUCUGUCUCGAAAGAGCAUCUGUGUGGCCUCUGUCAUCGUGGGAGCCUGGCAUUAGCAGUGGACCACUUGACGGCAAGGACACUGAGGUUUGGGAGGUGAAUGAUGUCCUGUGACAUCCCAGCCAAGACUUGUUCCCUUGGGACUCAAGCCCCACUGCCCGAGGUGCAUUCCACGUUCCUUUCACGUUCCUCCCACUCCGCCGGGCUUUCCCUGGUGGGAUGGUGGGUUCUAGCUGGGAGGGGAUGCAGCUCAGCUCUGGAGGGCACGGGCGCCCAGGUCUCCCCCGCAGGGCAGCUUGCUUGUGUUGACCUAAUGCCCUGGGCACAUUACUGGGCUCAAAACGGGUGUGCCCUUUUGUAGAGCAAGGUGCUGGAGGCCAGGGUCUUUCUAGCCAGGUCAGUGGAAUGCACAGCUCACACUAACUUGUUCCCAGAGAGUCUGCGUAACUCUUGUACCAGAAUUUCCAUCCAUCGAGGGGAAACACGGAGAGGCACCUGAGAAAGGCCCAGCGUAGAUUCUCAAGGGGCAGCCAACAAAUACGGCCCUAACCUGCUUCCUGCCUCUCCGCCUGUGCUGGGUUGGCAGAAGGCCUGUUUACUCAGGUCACUACUGUGCCUUGCUUUUGUAGUCACUGAUAUCCAAAACAGUCUUCAGGGGACAGCAGAUGGAUGUCUGGUUUUUGAGGCCAAUCAGCGUGACGCUUCUUUUCUCCAGAAAUGGGAGCUUUCUCUUCGUCUCUGCUGCCACGAGUCUUAGAGCUCAUUGAUUGCUCAGUUUUCUUACUGACACCACUUCCUGUUCAGGGCACAUGUUCCUUCCACCUAUAUGACUCUAAUCACAGUUUUACUUUUUACUGUC